AUGGGAAACAUUAUAUUGGGUUCACAGUUUUUUAGAGAACUAUUCUUGCUGCAGGACCAUCUGCUGUUGCCUGCAUUUGCCCUCAUCCCAUUUUCACUGUGAUCAGCUAACAGUGUGUUUAUGGUUAACUCCUCUUCAACAUACAUGCCAUUUCUGACACAGCUGACAUGGCUUAGACAUGUGGGGAAAAGGUACACAUCCAAAGAAUCACUUUGAGGUUUAACACUGUGGAUAUUGACAGGCCUUGCAUGCCAACACGGAAAUCAGAGACGAUGAGCCAGGAUGACCCAAAGUCACGCCCAAUGCUGGAACUGCGAGAGAAGCUCCAGCCAGAGGUGAGUGAGCUGAUUAAGCAGCAGAGGUUGAAUUGCCUGUGUGAGGGGACCUGCUUUAGGAAGAUCAGCGCUCGUCGCAGACAAGACAAGUUCUUGUAUUGUCGUCUAUCACCAAACCACAAAGUGUUACACUACGGAGAUACAGAGGAGUUCUCUCAAAGACAAUUAUCACAUGACUCUCUCCAGGAGAAAAUGACAGUAGCAGAUAUCAAAGCAGUGGUCACAGGUAAAGAUUGCCCACACAUGAAGGAGAAAGGAGCACUUAAGCAGAACAAGGAGCUGCUGGAGCUGGCUUUUUCCAUUCUCCAUAACUCUGAUGAAUAUCUCAAUUUCAUUGCUCCAGACAAAAGGGCGUUCUGCAUUUGGACUGAUGGCUUGAAUGCCCUUUUGGGAAAAGAGAUGACAAGUGAGCUCACAAAAACAGAUAUGGACACUCUGGUUACCAUGGAGAUAAAACUUCGCCUCUUGGACCUGGAAAACAUUCAAAUUCCUGAGGUCCCUCCUCCUAUCCCCAAAGAACCCAGCACUUACAACUUUGUUUACGACUUUACCCAACAACAGACUUGAGACUGGAAUAAAGUCCUUACUAAUGCUGAUAACCAGCUGUGUAAGGGGUGCUCAGUUUUCUCUUGUACGGACAGCACAAUGUUCAGAUCCUAAACUUUCCUCUAGAUUGUGACUAUGACGUGAUGCUUAAGUUUUCCAUUUCCUUCUUGUAAAAAAAGUGUAGAAGUACAUAUCUACAUAAAAUGUUACGGACUGAUUUGUUUGAUCACAUUUAGACUUGGAAGCUGUUUUCAGCAGCAAACACAGAUAAGAAACAAUCAAUAUAACACAUAACAAAAUCAAUAUAAUCAGUUACAGGAAUGUUACAAAAGUGCAUGUGCUAGUCAGUCAUGGAUGGAUACAUUCCACAGCAACAAAGCCAUAUAACUCAGAGCAUUAAAAACCCUGUGAAAUCAAAAUUAAAGUUGAUGCUUUUAGUCCAUAUAUUUUAUAUCUCCAUAUCUACGAUAGUGUACUUCUAAUCAUUGCCAAUUUGUUUUCAGAAAAUAUAAGCAUUUAAAACCUACAGUCUUUCUCUUCCGGCUAAAAAUACUCAGAAAAAUCCAUGACGUCACAUACAGUCAAAUAAUUGUUGACGUCACAUACAAUCAAAUAAUUUUUAGAACAAGAACGCACCCUCCCCCUACAACCGUUCAGCACAUCUGGCUGUGUUCUAACUGGUGCUGAUCAUGCCUUCACAGGGCACUUCAUAAGGAGCACAAUCAAUGCUGUAGGCUCAUUCCAAACAGAAUUUCCAUAAGAAUCACUAAAAAAGUGUGUUCUGACUGACCUUUAUCAUCUUUCAGCCAUCUAAAGCUCUCACAACGGAGAGCAUUUGUCUUUGAAGGGAAUAGGGCAUAGGGCAUUUUUGUACAGCUUGAGUAAGUGUUCUUGACUCUUUAUGCUAUUGUGAUUCAAAUCAAGGAUGUAUUAUUAUCUUUUACUCACUUGUUUCUUAUUCAUCUGCAUUGGACUUGCAAACCAGCUUCAUCGUAAGCAAAGAUAGAUGUGCUGUGUGCAUUUGUGGGCUGUUACGGAUUAAUGUUGUUGGCUAGAUCAUUGUUCAUUUCUUUGAAAAAAGCUGGCCGGUAUUGAGAUCGCUUCUCAAGAUUCCCUGGUAAGAGGUUCUGAGCAGCAUGGUGGAAAGGGGUAUGUGUGUGUGGUAGGGUUGCUCCAAUACCAACAUUUUCGAUACUGUUAUCAACAAAAGCCUUACAUUUUUGAUGAAAUUACACAGAAAAUUACUUGAAUGACAGAAAUUAACUGCAUAAAAGUGUCACAGAUACAAAUUAUGCGUUUUCCGUUUGAAAUUUUCUGGAUUCCAUGAUAAAUGUUUUUAUUAAAAUUUAUGAUUAAAUGGGUAAUUUUUUAAAUUUUUGGAAAAUUAAAAUGCUGCACAACAACAGAGCUAACUUGACAGUAUUAAAAUGUUAAUAAAAAAAAAACAACAAAAAAAUCUGAUUACCUGUGGUACAAGACUGCUAUGGCUGAAUCACAACAUGCUGAUAAAACACUUGUGUAUUUGUGAUAUUCCUAACAUAUUAUAAUAAAACAUCCAUUUAAUAUAA